UUGUCUGCUCUAUACCGCAUUUUGUCCACAAACUUGAUACAGUUUGGUCACUCAAGCUCAAUACAAAAUGGUAACGUUGCUCAAAUUGCUUGUGCUGGUUAUUUCGUUGGCAUUUGUUAACGCGAGGCACAAUGAAUAUCGAGAUAGUGAAACCGACGUGAAUCCGUUUUCCGAGAUGUUGCGACUUUAUAUGGACGAAGCGACAGCAAGGGAAUCAACCAUAGACGAUGAACAAGAGGAAAUGGACCAAUCUUCUACCAACGUUGCCGUGUAUAAUUUGGGACUACAGAUGCUCUGUUACCAGGGUAAAAGCUGGAAUUGGUGGAAUAAGUUAAUAAUCGGAUCUAAGUUUGUAAAAUACGGAUGCUACUGUGGAAGCGGGGGAAGCGGAACGCCAUUAGAUGCCCUUGACCGGUGUUGUUUUGCACAUGACAAAUGCUAUGGCGCCGUUAACAGCAAAUACAAUUUUGGGAAGUUGCAACUUUACACCCAGCGUUACUCAAUGACAUGCGGAAACAAGGCUACAACUUGUUCUGGGAGUACUACAGCGGGCGAUGGACUGUGCCAAUGCGAUAAGGAGAUGGCUAUAUGCGUGGCAAAAGACAUCCAUACCUACACAGCAUCAUACGCUGCUGGACUGGCCCAUAUCAGGGGCAAGUGCAAGUAGUUAGAAAGAAAUACGGAAUAAAAAGAACGUAAUGGUCGAAUCUUG